UUGACGAACGUUGCAACGAUACUUUUAUACACGACCAAUGUCCGAGGCCUUCCAAUUGUAAUCACUGUAGAAAAACGAAUUACCAUACAAAAACUAGAAACGACUUUCACCGGAUACAUCGAUAAUUCGAUUAACGAAACAAGGGGUUGCAAAUUAUCCCACAUAUCAGUAAAUUGAUCACAAUAUGACAAUGUACCCGUGCGCUGGGUCGUCCGCUGAUAUAUCCGUGUGAUGUACCGUGUGGUUCGUUUAAGUGACAAAGCAGUAGCGGCUCCCAAUCGGGACUAUUAUCUUAUUCGUGAUUGCCUCGGGCCGGGAACUGGCCACUUGGUUUAGUCGUCGCGGGGACUCCAAAGCGGUAAAUACGGAGUUGCAAACCGAGCUUCGCAUCAUAUAUCGCCAGGAUUACGAUUUGAAAAUGGUGCAGCAGGAUUUAACUUAGGCAUUGGGACGGUUGUGGACCGUGAUCGGGAUGGCUCGGGGAGGCUCGCUGGUGUGAGCUCUGCACGAGCCAGACGCUGCGGUGUGUGUGUAGUGUCUAGUCAAUAGUGUGUGUGAGUGUGUGCCGGGAUGCCCUCAGCGAUGUUGUCGGCAGUGCUUGAAGAGGAGCCCGACCUGUACGAGGCGUUUCCCCCACAUGUGGACCCCACCGGUAUUACUAUCUUAACAGACAGCCCACCAGGCAAGAAAGCACCGCUCAAGACCUUCGAAGAGAUCCAGCCGCUGCUGCAGCAGGCCCGCAAGCGGGAACUGAAGCUCGUCAUCCGCGAGAACUCGUGGCCCAUCAAUAGCCCCGUGCGCGCCUCCCUCUGGCCCGCUCUCUGCAAGCAGCACCAGCAUGGCAAGUCCAUGCUCGAUGGCUUCUACUGGGACAUGGUCACACAGGUGUUCGGCACAGUGGAACUCCCGGACAAGCCGAUCAUGCUCCCACCGUUCGUGGAGGCGACGCACUGCCUCGGCUACCACCUGACUCGCAAGGGCCGCGCCGUCGCGGACCGCGUCGUGUCCGUCCUCGGCUACGCCUGCCCUGACAUCACCUACAGCCCUAGCCUGUACCCCAUCACAGCGGCUUUGCUGCACUUCAUGCCUGAGGAGGAAUGCUACCACUGCAUGGCCAGCUUGGUGGCGUCGAAGGAGAAGAUGUUCAUCACACAGACUAAGCUGCACAGCGAGGUCACUUGGAAAACCGUCAUGCAGAUUGCCAAAAAACAUGCCAAGUCAGCAGCGCAGCAUCUCUCGCGACUAUCAGGCGCCAUCGGGCCGGAACGCAUCUACGCGGACUGGCAGUGGUGGAUCCUGGCAGCGCUGCCCUUCCCACACCUCGUCAGGGUGCUUGACUGCUUCUUCCACGAGGGAAUCAAGGUAUUCUACAGAGUGGCACUGGCAGUGCUGAUACUGUUCCACAAGCACUCGUCGAACCAGAACUCUGAGUGGUACGCGGAGGCUAGCAAGAACGGCGUCGACCACGCCAUCGACAAGUUCUGCCGGAACAUGCCCGCCUCGCCCACCAAGCUGCUGCGCACCGCCUUCAGUAUACGUGCUUUAAGUUCACAGUACAUAUCGAGGGUGUUCAUAAAGACAGAGAUGACGCUGAAGUCGAAGCAAGUGAUCACGGGGUCGCGACUCGUACGCUCGCGCAGCUCAGACAACCUGCCCACCAGCCAGUCCCAGGUCAACAUACAGAUGAUGUCUCACACCCUCACCAUUAGAGAGAGAAUGUCUGAAGAAACGUGCAAACAAAUGGGCUCACAUUCGCCGGGCCCGCGCGCCCUAUCGAUGGGCGUUUACCCUAUACAGGCGAUCAAGUCGCAGAUUCUUGACCAGAGCGAACUGUUCACGCUCUGGUCAUGGCUCCCAGUCAGGAUCACGAUGUACCAGCCAGUGCUACUGUACACCACAGAGGAACACGGGUGUUCAUUGACCACCUUCUAUGUGAGGGUCGAACACCAUGAGCCUACGUUGCUUAUGAUCAAGACCUGUAAUAAUGAGGUAUUCGGCGCAUACUGUUCUACGCGAUGGUUCGAAAGGAACCAAAAAGACGAGCGCGGGAACAGACAGGCUUAUUUCGGUACCGGGGAAACAUUCCUGUUUAGCCUUUACCCGGAGCGCGCGAAAUACCAGUGGGUCGGUUGCACCGCCGCCGCCGGCGACAAGGGAGAGAGUCAGCAGGUCGCGCACGGCUCUGAACUCUUCAUGGCCGCAGACAACAAGAUGAUCACGAUUGGCGGAGGGGAUGGGCAAGCGAUAUGGAUGGACGAGAACAUUCGGUACGGCAAGACGGACCGAUGCUCGACGUUUAACAACCCACCGCUCUGCCCCAGCGGAGACUUCGAGAUCCGCGUACUAGAAGUGUACGGCUUCUCCGGCGCGUAGGCCUCCAACAGUGUCCACUUAUUCGGAGUGAAAUAAUCUCGAUGUAACGUGUUUUACCAAGGUGUCAUAUCCCCGAGUGUGAUAUUGCAUUGUGAUCAUGCCUACUUCGCGGAGCGUUGCGCGUUGGUAGAGGUCAUCAGAUUCCAUCGAAUUGUCUUCUAAAUCCAAAAAAAUCACACCAAUCCCGCUGCUAUAUCACAAUUUUAACGAUUAAACUUAGCAUAGGACUCGACUGCUAUUUAUUCAUGGCAAUAUUUCAAUGAAAUCGAUAAUAUGUGUCGUAAAAUUUAGAGGAACUCACUUAUAUGCGAUGUAUUUGAUUACCCCUUGCCGUUAUGAUCAGACUGUGUAGAUGUAUUCCUAUAUUUAUUCGACUCACUAAUCUAUGUGUGCCCCGUAGCUACCCUGACGUAACACAGCUGUCCUUUAAGACAACGAAAACGGGGGAAAGUAGGUUGUUUCGAUAUAUUUACUCGUGUUUUUAAAUGUCUGAGUGUAAGUACAAAAUGGAUGUCUCUUACCUACUCUUGUUGGAUUAAAUACGCUUAUGUGAAAGCAAUAUGUAUCUGUGGGCCUAGCCGCGCGGUGGAGGCGUACGAUUCCCAGUUUUGUUGGUGUCGUGGACAUUCCAGUGACACACGACACGACCCCAGGGUCCUCACUCGGCUGCUAGCUGACUCGAGCGAUCACAAAGUCGAUUCGGGACUCGGGAAAAAAUUACGAAGAUAUUUAGGUAUUUCAAGACGCGAUAUUUUUAUUUUAUCAAACUGUUUCGGUCCAAACAACAGUAUUUGGUAUGUGUGGAUGUUUAUCGUCGCUUAGGGUUCAUAGUUCGUUCAUAUAUUCAGUCCGUAUUGUUGUUGCUCACAAAUGUACCAAAGAAAUUGUUCGUAGAAAUCGUCUUCCUGUUAUACGUAUCUGAUCGGACCUCAUAUUAAUUAGAAUGUGGAAAUUAAGUGACGUAGUUUACUAACGAACAAAGUAUAAUAUUUAUACAGACUUUGGGAAACAAGUGUCAUGAACUUUCAAGCUUCAAUUUUCGCGCAUCAUUAUAGCAUAUUAACACUUUGGAUGACAUAUCCAAUAUUUAGUACGCAUAACAGGAACACACCUUUAUAAACACGGUGAUUAUUUGAUAAGUCACGCCUAGAAUUGGGGACGCGAAGCGAGCGGAAAGCGGUUGCUGCAACCUAUUUAAACUUGUACUUUUAGCGAGUAUAAGGAACAUAACUGAAGCCACGUCGCCAAACAAUUUCUACUGCGAAUUUGUCUAAGCGUCGCCUUGUCUAAGCAACGUGGCAUUGUCUCGGCGAGUUAUGGACACGGGCCACUUCUUAUAUCCCGUUCUCCCUCGCUUCCCGGCCCCGACCUCACACGCAAUUAUAGUAUUAUUUUACUCGUAUUUUCGGAGGACAUGUGCCAAAUUGGACCAUUUCGGGAAAAUAUUGCGACUGGAUUGGUAUAAAUAAUUUUUCGCGAUUUUGUAAAAGUAUUUACACCAUAUUUCAUUUAGUUUAGCCUCAUCAAUUCAUUGACGAAAUAAUAUAAAAAAUAAAUGGAUUGUUUUCCUAUAGUUUGACUUAUUAUAAGUUUGUAUAAUUUCUUUUUUCAAUACCAUGUAUUGUUUUGUCGAUUCUGUCACAAUUAAUACAUAUCCCUGACAGUACAAAGGGGUUCGCCCGCGUUCAUAUCGACCGCGGUCUUCCGGCUACGAUUUUGUAAAUAUGUUUUUUUUUUCUAAAGGUCUACUCACUAAGAAGGAACGAAGGUGUCCAAUAAUGCUCAUCGAUUCACACGCGACGGACCUUCGUUCCUCCUGUCCCAAUGUAAGUGGGUACAGAACUUUAACGUAGCGAAACUGGGAUUUGUCAUAGUACUACAUACAUGUUUAUCAAAAGCCUAAGACUUGUUUUAAAUUCAGAUUAUUUAUGUAAUUUAUUGAGUAGGUAACAAGUAACGUGUUAUAUGUAUGUUAUGUGUCUGUCUGCGGACGGCGGCGUUUGGUCACACGUUAAGUUUUAGGAAGCUAUAAUUUGGUUAAGUCGCGCGCGGCGCUCUACUCCGUCCUACGACGUUUAAUGGUGCCUAUUCGGGCGAACACAAAAUUAAACUUAUUUUAGUUUGACAGGUCUUAAGCUAGGGUCUUCACUUACAAUAAACGUAAGAAAGAGAUAGGACUAGAUUUAGUCCUGUCAAAUUAAAACUUAAGUUGGUGGUUGCCCGAACCAGCACCAAUAUCUAUCAUGUUACGACAAGCUAUGUUUCUUCGCGCUGUAUCUGGAAACUUGCAUACGUCAACUACGAAUAAAACUGUGACGUAAGCACGUUUCAAUCCCCGCGUCGGAGUGUCACACGCGGUGAACGGAAAUAAAUAUGGAAGCAGUCACUUUAUAUACUCGCUACGCUUGAUUAUCGACGCCAAAACACACUCGCAGUAGCAAAGUAAUCGUAUACUAAAAUUUAAUAAAAAGCACGUUAAUGUCAUUGAUUUUAUUUCGAUAUUUGUUUGCCAUUUACGUUGUUUCGUAAUUAAGUGGACAUACCGGAAAGCGACAAAAACCAGGCGCCAUAACAAAACUAUUAUGAUGGUAUUUUGUAGCCACGCCUCGCGUUACGAUUUUCGUUGCUUCAUUUUUGAGCCCCAAAAAUGCAAUGUUUGUUCCCGUUCACCGGUCACACGUAGUCGGUCCCGCAGUGGCGCCGCGCGCCCGCCCGUAGGCGGUUUAGUUUAGGCCGUCAUCGACCGCAGGCGACUCGCGAUAUGUUGCUGUUAGCCAAUUGUCGUUGAUCAGUGUAAAGUCUAGUCUUUAUUCUGUUUUUAUUAUCUCUAACGAUAUAAUUAAUUAUUAUCUAAAUAUUUACGAAUUGAUAUUUAAAUUUUUGUGCGAUUUUGCCCCGAUGCAGGGGCACGUAGGCUCGUGGUUAGUUAGUUUAUAAGUACAUUUAAAUGUAAAGUAUACAGUUAUUAAUCUCCAUUGUCCUUUUCAGUAUUUGUGGUGUACGUUUUUUUAUGUGAGGAGCAUAUCAUGUAAAAUGACAAUUGUGGCGGCUUGCAGUCGCGGCGUGGGUGCGUGAGCUUUGUUUUGUUAUGUACUGUUACAUUCGAAUAGUUUUAGUCCGCCGCCGUGGCGACGGUGUAAAACUCGUUUAUGGUAAUGUAAAUGUUGCUUUAUAAUGUCUACAAAAUAUAUAAUCCCAUAUACAUAA